AUGAUGUCUAGAUUCAGAUAAUUCUAUAUAUAUCCAUCAUAGCAAUUGUCAAACAAUUAAGAUAAAGAUAAAGAUAAAGAUAAAGAUAGAGAAAGAGAAAGAGAAAGAGAAAGGGAAAGGGAAAGGGAAAGGGAAAGAGAAAGGGAAAGGGAAAGAGAAAGGGAAAGAGAAAGAGAAAGGGAAAGGGAAAGAGAAAGAGAAGGAGUAAGAGAAAAGGAAAGAGAAAAAGAAAGAGAGAGGGAAAGAGAAAGAGAAAGAGAGAGAGAAAAGGAAAGAGAAAGAGAGAGAGAAAGAGAAGGAGAGAGAGAAAGAUAAUGGAAGAAAUUAAAACAGCUAUAUAAAAGAGAAGAAGCACACUUAAAAAAGAUUGAUAGAAAAAAAGAAAAGAAAUAUCCUUUAUCAAGAAGAUCAAUAAUUCUAGUAAAAUUAGAGAUUUAUUAGAAUAGAAAAGAAGAAAAAUUAGGAGAGAAAGCGCUUUAAGUUCGUCAUUUAAUUCUUCAUCCUCUUCAUUUUCUUGUAAAAAUUCUAGUAGCAGAAGUAGCAUUGGAUCUUGUUCGUCUUCACAAUCAGAUGAUAAAAAAUUAAAAAACUAAAACUAGAAAAAUAUGUCCUUAAGUAGUUCUUCAAGAGACUCUUCACAAUCAUACUAUAAAAAAUAAACAAACUAAAAAUAGAAAAAUAUUUCCUUAAGUAGUUCUUCAAGAGACUCUUCACAAUCAUAUUAUAAACAAUAAAAAAACUAAAACUAGAAAAAGAUAUCCUCAACUAGUUCUUCAAGAAACUUUUUACAAUCAGAUGAUAAAAAAUAAACAAAUUAAAACUAGAAAAAGACAUCUUCAAGUAGUUCUUCAAGUGAUUCUGAUAGUUCAUCAUGAUU